AGACUUCAUAGCACAGAAAUACCUUGGCCAAUCUAGUGUUAGCUGUACCUGUCUAUUGUGCUCUUGAGGACCGCUUUUCUCAGUUCUGAAAUUUUUUUCCUAUUGAUGCAAGCAUACAGGGACCUUCCCAGGGCAGCCACCUGGCCAGUGCGACUGCCACGGGUUGGCCCAAUCCCUUCCCAUGGCGACCGGACAACAGGGUCAUAAUUCUGUAAAGUUUUCUAUCAGUGGAAACAUCGAUUCUCAAACCGACAAGUUUGUCUUGGGUUACAAGUACUGUUGUUUUGAGUAGAAAAGCCAGGUGAAAGAGAAGUACUGUUGUGUUGUGUAGAAAAGCCAGGUGAAAGUGAAGUACUGUUGUUUUUUGUAAAAAAAGCCAGGUGAAAGAGAAGUACUGUUGUUUUGUGUAAGUCAGGUGAAAGACAAGUACUGUUGUUUUGUGUAGAAAAGUCAGGUUAAAGACAAGUACUGUUGUUUUGUGUAAGCCAGGUGAAAGACAAAUACUGUUGUUUUGUGUGGAAAAGUCAGGCGAAAGGUUUUCAUUUGAAUAAAUAAAAGUGAAUAAAAACAUUAACAAAAGGUCUUAGUUCUCUAUUAUAUAGUCUCAGUUCUCUAUUAGUAACCAUUCUCCCCAUGUUAAACAGUUGAUCCUCCUGUUUGUAUAUAAAUGAUCACAGUAGUAAUCAUUAUCUUCCUCCCCAGGCCGUGUGUCGAUUGACCAGAAGGGCAAGGCGUUUGCCCUGUGUGUGGGCGACUCGUCCCGUGCUGACGCCGGGGAGUACACCAUCACAGCUGAGAACAACAGCGGCUCUGUCACUGUCACUGUCAAGGUGCUGGUGAUGGGCAAGCCUGGCCCCCCCCAUGGGUCUGCAGGUACAGGAGACGACCCCCGAGACUUGCACCGUCUCCUGGCAACCACCGGAGGACGGCGGAGGAGCGGGCGUCACCAAUUACGUCAUCGAGAAGAUGGACCUCAAGACCAAGAACUGGAAGAAGGUUUCUGGAGCUGUGAGGAAGACCACCUUCAAGAUUCCGAAGCUGAUUCCGUUUAACGAGUACCAGUUCCGCGUCAGCGCGCAGAACAUGUUCGGAGUGGGCGAUCUGGCUACAACCGGCAAUGUGCUCGCCCGCCAUCCAUUUGACACCCCCGGGCCGCCUGUCCAUGUGCAGGUCCGCGAGAUCACCAGGGAGAGCCUGAAGCUGCUCUGGUCCCUGCCCGAGAACGACGGCGGCUCCGAGAUCGUCGGCUUCCUGGUGGAGAGGAAGGAGAAGACCAGCGUCCGCUGGGAGCGCCUAAACAAGGAGAUCAUGCCAAAGCCAGUAGGGGCCAAGAGAGGCCAGGCUGUGGAGGGCCAAGGCAGGAUAGACUUGCAAGUACAUGUGUGA